AUGGAUGCCAGCUCUGGCAGCGACAGUCAUUCUUCUGUCGUCUAUGAUUCCAAAUCCUCCAUUACUGGAGUCAAUGAUGCUGGUGCCACCGAAGCUCUCUUAAGACUAGCUCCCAUUGCAGAGCAAGAGAAUAUUGUAUGGACAAAGAUCAAGGGUCAUCCUUACUGGCCGACCCAACAUGUCCGGAUGACACCGGAAAUAGAAAAGCAAGAGAGGUUUCAAAAGGCAAGGAGAUUUAGGCGCAAAAUCGAUAACACUUGCGUCAUGUAUUUUGGGACUUGCGAAGUUGCGUUUGUCAAUGAAGGAAAAUCAUGCAUACCUUGGGGGGAAGGUCUUCAACGUAACAUGCACUUGUCUCAGAGGAACAGGAGUUUCUUUCAGCGGGCCUUGAAGGAAGUCCAAGACUACUGUCAUAGAAACACUACCUAUCCACGCGGCUGGUGGUGCGAGCCCGAGUGCAUUGAGCUUUAUCACAGAUUCGCAGAUAUUUACUCAACAGAGCACCCGAACAAAAAGGUCAAGCAUUUCAUCAAGCGUGCAGAUAAGGAACUUGUGUUUUGGGCUAAGGUGCGCGGCUUUCCGUACUGGCCCGUGCAGAUUUUGCCCAGGAGCAUGGCCCGGGAGCAGUACCCCCAACUAAAAAUGCCUCCAGAGAAUCCUACCUCGCCGACAAACAAGCUUCCGUGCAUUUUUUUUGGGACGGGGGAAGUGGCCAUGCUUCCGGAAAAAAAUCUCACACCAUUCGGAGCGGGCGUUGCUAGAGACUACCCUGUACACAGCUCAAGAUCAGAUUUUAUGGUCGCUGUGGGAGAGAUUUGGGGUUAUCUUCAGGAGCCCCGGGUAUGGCCGAGUGGAUAUCUCAGCGGGGCGGAGUGGUGGAAUUACGAAAAGACUUCACAAGCUGAGUCCACGAGUGAAGCCGUCGCGAUUGUACCGCACCUCCCAAAGUACACUCCUUUAAAGAAAUCAGUCUGGGCUGUGGGAGUUGAACCUCCGCCCAAGCCCAAGAAAUCUGAAAUCUCAUGUUGCGAAUGCACCUCAAACGGGAAGGAAUCAUGUUGCGCGGACGCCCAGUGUCUCAAUUUUGCAUCGCACUAUUUUUGCAAUGUAGCAGCGUGCAAAGGCGGGGAAAAAUGCACCAACCUUGCUUUUCAUAAACGCGGUUCGCCACGGAUGAAGCCUUUUUUGACCGCCGAUCAACGCGGAUGGGGUUUGCGUGUUGAAGAACAUGUGAAGGCAGGGUCUUUUGUGAUCGAAUACGUCGGCGAAAUUAUUGACAGAGAUAUUUUAGAAGACCGCUUGGAAAGAAUCCAACAGGAAAAAAGCAAUGAAUACUACUUUAUGGACCUCGCCAACGACUUACUGGUAGACGCCAAGUUCAAGGGGAACCUUUCCCGGUUCAUCAAUUCAAGCUGCGAGCCCAACUGUCAGACCGAGAAAUGGUAUGACAGUUGUACUCGCCAGACGCAUGUCGGGAUCUUUGCCAUUCAGGACAUCACACCCGGGACUGAACUAACAUAUAACUAUUGCUUUGAAGACUAUGGGCUGUCUGGAAAGAGACAAAAGCGAUCCUUCAUGUGUCAGUGCGGAACCAGCUCCUGCAACAUGCUGGAACCGAUUGAAAGAAAGCUGAUGAAGAAGCUUGUGAACAAGCGAUUGGAGGUGAGAUGGGAUGAUGGUUGGUACCCUGGUGUUGUAGAACUAUACAACUUCAAGAAGAAGAAAUUCAGAGUUCAGUACGACGAUGGAGAUUGUGAGGAUCUGGUGCUAGGCCUCCCGCUUCAAGAAGACGAUGGCGUUGCUUUCCGUCUCGUGGAAGACAAAAUGUCUGACGAACUCGAGCAAGCGAAGUGA